CGAACGGGAAAAUCACGUUGAAGUUGAAGACAGAGAUCCGAAAGCCUCUCUGGUGCUAGCUGCAGCGAAUUGCAAGCUUGGUAAAAGUUCAUUGAAGUCCAAAUAGGGCAUAGCGUGGAGUCUUCUACUCCCACUAACACUCAUACCAUUAUAGUUAGUUAGGGUUUUAUAGAGAGUGUAAAUGGCGAUUCCGCAAGAUUUGUAUCCCUCAGAAGACGACCUUUUGUACGAAGAGGAGGUGCUUCGAAAUCCUUUCAGUCUUAAGUUAUGGUGGCGUUACCUAAUUGCACGUUCGGAAGCUCCGUUCAAGAAGCGCUUCGUGAUUUACGAGCGGGCACUGAAGGCGCUUCCCGGAAGCUACAAGCUGUGGCACGCGUACCUCCGCGAGCGCCUCGACCUCGUUCGCAACCUCCCUGUCACUCACUCUCAAUACGAUACGCUCAAUAAUACUUUCGAGCGUGCAUUAGUCACCAUGCACAAGAUGCCGCGGAUUUGGAUUAUGUAUCUGCAAACCCUAACCAAUCAGAAAUUGGUUACUCGAACUCGCAGGACCUUCGACAGGGCUCUUUGCGCCCUCCCCGUCACCCAGCACGACCGUAUCUGGGAACCUUAUCUUGUGUUCGUGAGCCAGAAGGGUAUUCCAAUUGAGACUUCUCUUCGGGUUUAUCGCAGGUAUUUGAAGUAUGACCCCUCUCACAUUGAGGAUUUUAUUGAGUUUUUGCUUAAUUCGAGUCUCUGGCAAGAGGCUUCUGAGAGGCUGGCUUCCGUCCUCAAUGAUGACCAGUUUUACUCCAUUAAGGGUAAGACCAAGCACCGGCUUUGGUUGGAGUUAUGUGAUUUGCUCACACGCCAUGCCAAUGAGGUUUCUGGGUUGAAUGUGGACGCUAUCAUUAGGGGUGGGAUUAGGAAGUUCACUGAUGAGGUGGGAAGGCUUUGGACUUCGCUUGCUGAGUAUUACAUUAGGAGGGGUUUGCAUGAGAAGGCUAGGGAUGUGUUUGAGGAGGGUAUGUCUACUGUUAUCACGGUCAGGGAUUUUAGUGUUAUAUUUGAUUCUUACUCGCAGUUUGAAGAAAGCAUGCUUGCUUACAAGAUGGAGGAGAUGGGGCUGAGUGAUGAAGAAGAUGAUGAGGGUGAGGAAAAUGGCCUUGAGGAAGUGGAAGAAGAGGAUAUUCGUAUUAAAGGAAGAUUGGUGGAUGAGGAUUUUGAGAGGAAGAUUUUGCAUGGGUUUUGGUUGAAUGACAAGAAUGACAUAGACUUGAGGUUGGCUCGGUUUGAUUACCUUAUGGAGAGGAGGCCGGAAUUGGCUAACAGUGUGCUUUUGCGUCAAAAUCCUCAUAAUGUAGAACAGUGGCACAGGAGGGUGAAGCUCUUUGAAAGGAAUCCUACCAAGCAGAUACUGACUUACACUGAAGCGGUGAGGACGAUUGAUCCCAUGAAGGCAGUGGGAAAGCCUCACACUUUGUGGGUUGCGUUUGCUAAAUUGUAUGAACAGCACAAAGAUCUUGCCAAUGCCCGUGUCAUAUUUGACAAGGCAGUGCAGGUAAACUACAAAACUGUGGAUAACCUGGCUAGUGUCUGGUGUGAGUGGGCUGAAAUGGAGUUAAAGCAUAAAAAUUUCAAAGGAGCACUUGAGCUGAUGAGGCGGGCUACAGCUGAGCCGUCAGUUGAGGUGAAGCGAAAAGUGGCUGCGGAUGGGAAUGAACCAGUCCAGAUGAAGCUACAUAAAUCCUUGAGAUUAUGGACGUUUUAUGUUGAUUUGGAGGAAAGCCUAGGUUCUUUGGAAUCUACACGUGCGGUUUAUGAGCGAAUUUUGGAUUUACGAAUAGCCACACCACAAAUAAUCAUCAAUUAUGCAUACUUUCUGGAGGAACAUAAGUACUUUGAAGAUGCUUUUAAAGUUUAUGAAAGAGGAGUAAAGAUAUUUAAGUACCCUCAUGUUAAAGACAUAUGGGUUACUUAUCUCUCUAAAUUUGUGAAGAGAUAUGGAAAGAAUAAAUUGGAACGAGCGAGAGAAUUAUUUGAAAAUGCAGUUGAAUCGGCCCCUGCUGAUCAAGUGAAGCCACUUUACCUGCAAUAUGCCAAGCUGGAGGAGGACUAUGGUCUAGCGAAGCGAGCUAUGAAGGUUUAUGAUCAAGCAACUAAGGCUGUUCCUAACAAUGAGAAGUUAAGCAUGUAUGAGAUAUACAUUUCUCGUGCAGCUGAGAUAUUUGGUGUGCCCAAAACAAGAGAGAUCUAUGAGCAGGCAAUUGAAUCUGGUCUUCCAGACAAGGAUGUCAAAACCAUGUGUUUGAAGUAUGCUGAGCUUGAAAAAAGCUUGGGAGAAAUUGACCGGGCCCGUGGAAUAUAUGUAUUUGCGUCUCAGUUUGCAGAUCCACGAUCUGAUCCUGAGUUUUGGAAUAAGUGGCACGAGUUUGAGGUUCAGCAUGGGAAUGAAGAUACUUUCAGAGAAAUGCUUCGUAUUAAGCGAAGUGUCUCUGCAAGCUACAGCCAGACACAUUUUAUACUGCCCGAAUAUCUAAUGCAGAAGGAUCAAACUGUGAAUCUUGAUGAAGCAAAAGACAAGUUAAAACAGGCUGGGAUCCCUGAGGACGAAAUGGCUGCUUUAGAAAGGCAAUUAGCACCAGCAGCUGACAAUACAGUGACAAAAGAUAGGAAAGUUGGGUUUGUGAGUGCUGGAGUGGAAUCUCAGUCUGAUGGAGGGAUAAAAACUAAUGCAAAUCACGAGGAUAUCGAGUUACCAGAAGAAAGUGAUUCUGAUGAUGAUGAUAAGAUUGAAAUUGCACAAAAAGAUGUUCCUUCUGCUGUGUUUGGUGGUUUGAUUAGAAAGAGAGACGAGGAUGAAAAGAAUGGAGAGGUAGAUGCGGCUAAAGAUAAGGACAACGAAAAUCGGCUUGGUGCUCUUGAGAGAAUAAAGAGGCUAAAACGAAAUUAGAUACUCGGUCUAGGUCUUCCAGAUAAAAUUUUGAUAGGUGUGAAAUUAGUUUUGGUUUGUACUAUGUACUAUCAAUCUAUCCAAAGAUCACAUUUAUUAGAUAAUUUUCCUGCAAUGUGCAUCAAGUUAUCAGAUCACAGUGUAGUACAAAACAGGGUACAUGGUUGCUGACAUAAUUUGUCAAAAAUAGAAAAAAAAAUGUACAAUUUAAUUUUGCAGCCAUGAUUUGUACCCUUAAAUUCAAUAGCUUAAUUAAUCAAGUUUGGUACUGUAAUUGUCAAAUCCAUGGCUGAUACUGAGUAAA